AUGGAAUUGUUUCAAAUUCGACCGGCUUUGACCCCACUUGAGACAUUUGACAGCGCGGACGGAACGUCGUUUGUUCGAAAGCUUGAGAACAAUGAUGGAAAUCGAACGUUGCUGUAUGUUUUGUCGGGAGUCAUGAUUGGGAUUGCCUUGGCCUCUGGGGCAUUAAUUGCUUUAAUAGUUUGCUACUUUGGCCGCAAUCGUGACGAGGGGAAAGUAGAAAACAAAGUGUACAAUAUUGCACUCGACGAUACACAUUCCGACCCUUCGUCUGCCGAAAGUUCUAACGAAAACGAUGCUUCCGACGACAUGGAAAAUGAAGACCAUUCUCACGAUGAAUUGGAUUCUGAGGCCUGGGACUAUUCAAUCGGACCGGGGAUGGUUGAGCAUAUAAUGGAUACAAUAGUUGAUUUGGAUGAAGAGUCCCUUGAAGACGAGCAAGGGUCAGAAAAUUCAACGAUCGACAAAUGUACUGACGAUUUAAACUCUUCGCAUGGAUUCGAAGUGUGA